CAAUUCAAUGGCAACUGUUAUAGUUGAACGUAAUCCACAAAUUAAAUUUACCCAGUUAUUUAUCAACAAUGAAUGGGUUGACUCUAUAACUGGUCAGACAUUUGAAACAAUCAAUCCAUCAACUGGUGAGACCAUAUGUCGGAUACAGGAGGGCAACAAUAAAGACAUUGAUCGGGCCGUACGUGCGGCCAACGAUGCCUUCAAUAGGAAAUCGGUUUGGCGUACAAUUGAUGCAUCGAUGAGAGGACAGAGCUUAUGGCGAUUGGCCGACCUGUGCCAGCGAGACCUGGACUACAUUUGCAGUUUGGAAACACUAGAUAGCGGUAAGCCUAUUGGCGAGUCCCGUACUGAGUGCCAGUGGGCGGUCAAUAUGAUACGCUAUUAUGCCGGCUAUGCCGACAAACUACACGGCACUUGUAUACCAGCUGAUGGCCAAUGUAUGGCCUGGACUCGCAAAGAACCGAUAGGUGUUUGCGGACUAAUCGUUCCGUGGAACCUACCGUUUUAUUUGCUARCCAUCAAACUGGCUCCGGCAUUGGCAGCCGGUUGUACAGUAGUUGUCAAACCAGCCGAACAGACACCGUUGACGGCACUWUAUUUAGCACAACUGGUCAAAGAGGCCGACAUUCCGGCCGGUGUGGUCAAUGUUGUACCCGGUUUUGGCCAGACUGCCGGUGCUGCACUGGCCCAACAUAUGGAUGUCCGUWUGAUAUCGUUUACCGGUUCCACUAAAGUUGGYAAACUUAUACUCAGGGCGUCGGCCGAUAGUAACCUAAAGCGUGUAACUCUKGAAACUGGAGGCAAAUCGCCRCUCGUUGUGUUUCCCGAUGCCGACAUCGAGUUGGCCGCCAAAACUGCGCAUUUCUCGGUAUUUAUUAACUCGGGUCAGGCCUGCUGUGCGUCAACCCGACUGUACGUUCACGAGUCAAUCUACGACCAGUUURUCGACCGGUGCGUCCAAUUGGCCAGUGAUCGUCGGGUGGGCGAUCCGUUUGACGACCGUACCGAACAGGGACCGGUAGUCGACGAUCGGCAGAUGCAAACAGUACUCAAAUACAUCGAAACCGGUCGACAAGAGGGCGCCAAACUUGYUGUCGGCGGCAAACGASUGGACACSGCUAGUGKCGGCGGCGGCUAUUUUAUACAGCCAACAGUGUUUACCGACGUUACCGACAACAUGACAAUAGCCAGAGAAGAAAUCUUCGGUCCGGUUCAGUGUAUAAUCAAGUUCAAGGAAACGGACGACGUUAUCGACCGGUGCAACGAUACGGCUUACGGUUUGGCCAGCGGUGUGUUUACCCAAGACAUUGACAAAGCCCUCAGCUUUGCWCAGGCCGUCCRUUCGGGUAAUGUCUGGAUCAAUACGUUUAUAGCGGUUGCACCGCAGCUGCCGUUUGGYGGCUAUAAUGAGUCCGGUUUGGGUCGCGAAGCCGGUGAGGACGGCAUACUSGAGUACAUGGAAACCAAAUCGAUUAUAACAAAAGUUGCGCAAAAAAUUUCAUAAAAAAAUUUGGCGAGGU